AUGGAUUCGCUCGAGAAUAAGACAACACCCAAGGCUAUUAGAGCGGCUUUACAUGAUCUUCCAACUUCUCUAAACGCUUCAUAUGAUGAAGCAAUGGAGAGAAUUUCUUACCAGAGUGCUGAGGAUCGAGACCUGGCACAUCGUGUUUUGGCAUGGAUUACGAGCACAAAGAGGGCCUUGACAAUCCUUGAACUACGCCACGCCCUUGCUGUAGAAGAGGGAGAAAAUGAACUCGACGAAGACAAUCUCACUGACGAGGACAUAAUUAUCCUAGUAUGCUGUGGACUUAUCAUGAUUGAUCAAACCACCAACACAGUUCGGCUGGUCCACUAUACGUUGCAUACUUAUUUUGAGAGCACCCGCAAAGAAAAGUUCCCAGAGGCUGAAACCACAAUUGCGAGUACAUGUCUCACCUAUCUCUCCUUUGAUGCAAUGGGCGCCAACCCUUGCGGCAAUGACAGGGAGCUAGAGUAUCGGCUAAAGAGAAACCCAUUCCUUCUCUAUGCUGCUCAGCAUUGGGGUGAACACGCACAAGGGGAAUCACAGGAGACCUUGAAGGAGCGAAUACUGGAAUUAUUGAACCAGAAUGAUCGAUUAACCAGCUGUACACAGAUAAUGUGCAUUCCUGAAUAUCUCUACCACGGUUACAGUCAAGGAUUCCCUCGUCAGCCCGAUGCUCUGUGGAUUGCUUCUUCGUUUGGGUUAGUGGAGAUAUCGCGAGUUCAGCUACAAAGCGGAUCCGAUGUCAAUGUCAUUGAUUCUUUCCGCGGAUAUACACCACUCUAUCGAGCCGCAGAGAAGGGAUAUUUAGAGUUGGCAAAACUACUUUUGGAUCAUGGAGCUAUUAUCGACGUAUCAGAGUCCACGUAUGGGUUCACGCCUCUUCGUGAGGCAGCACAAAGUGGACACGAGAAACUAGUCCGUCUAUUGAUUGAGGCAGGUGCUAACAUAUAUGCGAAAGCAAAAGACGGAAAACAAGCUCUCCACGGAGCAGCCUCGAAGGGCUGGGUUCCAAUACUGAGACUGCUUCUGGAUAGUGGCGUGAACGUUGACAUUCGAGACAGCGCUUUGAAUACUCCUUUGCACAUUGCAGCGAGUAGUGGACAUGAGGGGGCCGUUGCUUUCCUUCUGGAUAACUCUGCAGUCCUGGAAGCGAAGGAUCUGGGAGGGCGGACAGCACUUAAUAUGGCAGCAAUCAAUGGCCACAAUUUGACGACCCGAACUCUGCUCCAACGAGGAGCAAACCCAAAUGCAAGAGAUCGGGAUUCAUGUACUCCGAUUAUGAACACCGCGCAAUCCGGACAACUGACAACCUUGCUUACAAUGUUGGAAAGCGGUGCGGACGUCAAUGCCCGCGAUAUGAGAGGCAGGACAGCAUUGGACAUGGCCGUGUUUAACGGCAAGCACGAUAUUCUAUCUGUGCUCCUCAAAUGGGGAGCCGAUGUUAAGUCUCGAGAUGAAGAUGGAUGGACUGCUCUACACAGAGCGGCAUGGACCGGUGAUGUCUCAACAGUAAGCCUUCUAUUGGAGCAUCAUGCAGAUGUCAAUGCGGCAGAUGCUCGUGGUGAGACUAUUCUGCAACAGGCAGCUUGGCAAGGCCAUGCAGACGUCGUUCACCUUUUGCUGGAAGCAAACGCCGCGAUAAACACCACAUCACUUGAUGGCCAGACGGCUAUGCAUCGAGCUGCCGGGAAUGGCCACACCGAUGUCGUAGCUGCACUGGUUGCUCGUGGUGCGGACUCCUCCGUUGUGGACAAACACGGGGCACCGGCGGCGGAGCUUGCUAAGGAGAAUAACCAUGAUACUGUAUCUCAGCUGCUUUCUAUAGUCAAACCAGGAGACUAUGAGCCAGCAGUCCCGAAGGCAGACUGGGUGGUAGUUGGGAAGGAUGACUCAACUGAUCAGAAGUCAAGCGUACCCAAGGAACAACCAAGCGACGCCGGUGAUGCCCAGAAAGCCGAGCUCGAUCCAGAAAUCAUAGAAGCAAAUUCCAAGCUUUCCGACCCGGCCAUCUUCGAGUCGCUUUCACUCGAUCCAGAGAAAACAAGGGUCGAGCUGUUCGGCCCUCUUGGUUUCUCCAUGAAAGCAACUAUCUUCACUGAGAUUGACGGAGAGCCGCGGAAAUAUUUCAUGAAAACCCGAUUCAACGAGACAACCGACGAUCUAUACCUUGGUAAAGUCUCCUAA